UGUGUGGACUAUAGCGGAAAUGCUUGACAUUGUGCUGCUGAGCUGAGUGUGCAUGAGGUGGAUGGUGCGCCGAGGCGAACCCAAAAUAUUUAACAGUAGCGUUAGCUUAGCCAUUAGCUACCUCUACAGGCCUGCUGCGGAUGGGAGAGAGCAUCAAACAUUUUCAGCGUUGUCAGCCACAAGAGCGAAAGGGGGACGAACUACGACCGCCUAAUCUGCUGAAGAUGGUUAAGAUGAAUAAACUUGAAUGCCAUUUGACCGCACGUAAACAGGAACACACCGUCGCCCUCACCCCGGGUAUCACCGGGGCUUGCUGCCAUCCUGUGUCGCCCCCCCGCCGUCGCCUCCCGGCUCCGGUGCCAGCAGACAGUGGAGCACUCCCGGCGGGUAGACUGGCACACGGCGCGACCCUUUGGUGGUGUGCGUAGGCGCACCAUGGCCCAGACCCUCCAGAUGGCGAUCCCAAACUUUGGCAACAAUGUUUUAGAGUGUCUGAAUGAGCAGCGGCUGCAGGGCCUCUACUGCGAUGUCUCUGUGGUGGUCAAGGGCCAUGCCUUCAAGGCCCAUCGAGCUGUGCUGGCUGCUAGCAGUUCUUAUUUCCGGGACCUUUUCAGCAGCAGCAAUAGUGGAGGAGGUAGCAGCAAUGAGACAAGCCCAAACAUAGUGGAGCUCCCGUCGGCUGUGCAGCCCCAGAGCUUCCAGCAGAUUUUGUCUUUCUGCUACACAGGCCGUCUCAGCAUGACAGUGGGGGACCAGUUUCUCCUAAUGUAUACUGCAGGCUUCCUGCAGAUCCAACAGAUCAUGGAAAAAGGCACUGAGUUCUUCCUAAAGGUCUCCUCCCCCAGCUGCGACUCCCAGGGCCUGCACGCUGAGGAGGCCCCACCUUCUGAGCCCCCACCUUCUGAGCCCCAGAGCCCUGUGACGCAGACCAGUAACAGUGCAGGCCGGCCUGCCUCUUGCUUGACGCCGCUCCCUCUGGUAUCGCGAGUGAAGACAGAGCAGCCCGCUAGCCAGCCGGAAGCGGCCACCCCGUACUCAGUGGUCUGCACUCCUGUCGCCAAGCGGCUGUGGGAGGGUGGCAGCAGCCGAGAUGGAGGCGGGGUAGGCUCAGGGGGAGGCGGUGGGGCCAGGAAGGCAGCCCGUUAUUCCCAGGAGGCGGUGCGGGGCAGUGCCAUUCAGAGCCCCGGAGCCCUCGGACUGGCCAUGGGUAUGGGUGCCAACGUAACCAGCCUGGCGGGCAUGGUGGCCAGUGGCGGGCUUAGUGGCAGUGCCGGCACCAACGGGAGCUCUGCAGCAGGCCUCGGCAUGUCGGAGGGCGCCAGCCCCGGCACCCUGAGCACCUACGCCAGUGACUCACCCAUCAGCUACCAUGAUGAUGAAGAAGAGGAAGAGGGGACAGAUGAAUGUGCUGAAGAGCAGUAUCGGCAAAUCUGCAACAUGUAUACCAUGUACAGCAUGCUCAACAUGGGAGCAGCAGCAGCUGGUGAACGUGUUGAGGCUCUACCAGACCACACAGAGACACGGGGUCGGAUGCGAGGCAGAGACCUUACAUGUCUCCCCGCAGAACUCAUUGCUCAGAUAGGCAACCGCUGUCAUCCCAAACUGUACGAGGAAGGGGACCCUGCUGAGAAACUAGAGUUAGUCUCAGGUACUUCUGUGUAUAUAUCGCGAGCCCAGCUAAUGAACUGUCAUGUGAGCGCGGGGACCAGACACAAGGUGCUGCUUAGGAGGCUGCUGGCUGCCUUCUUUGACAGGAAUACUCUGGCCAACAGUUGUGGAACAGGCAUCCGCUCGUCCACCAACGACCCGAGCCGCAAGCCCCUGGACAACAGAGUUCUGCAUGCGGUCAAAUUUUAUUGCCAGAACUUUGCCACUAGCUUCAAAGAGAGCGAGAUGAAUGCCAUCGCAGCCGACAUGUGCACCAACGCCCGACGUGUGGUCCGCAAGAGCUGGAUCCCCAAGCUGAAGCUACUGAUGGCCGAGAGCGACGCCUACACCGCUUACCUUCCCGACGGCGUCAAAAUGGAAGACGACACCCUGGGGGCGGACCCAGCCUUCGACUCGGCCUCCGUGGAGGCCGCCGGCGGUGCCGGCAUGGAGUCGGGGGGCUCUUCAGGUGAAUCGCUACCAGGUGUGGGCGGGGACGGAGGACCGUUAUUUUGAACAUUGUGUGCGGGGAAAAAGUUGAAAUUUGGUGACACACAUGCAAGUAUUCCCCAGUUCUGCUUGCCUCCUCACUCUUUGGCCAACGCUGAUCUCUCACAUCUGACUGUCUAUACUACACUGCUAGGGUCAACAGUUGUUACCCUGAUGUAACCAGGACAUGAAAACUUAAAUUUUUUGCUUUAUGACUGUACAAUGGAGUUAGUUGAGGAAAGGGAGAGAGUGAGAGGGUUUUCUCUCUGCCUCCCCUCCCCUUGUCUUUUUUUUAUUUUUUAUUUUAUUUUUUUUUUAGGUGUGUAAGCGCAUCCACUGUUGCAUAUUACAUACAUUCCCUGAAAUGCAGGUGGUGGGGGGAGUUGCCAGUGCAGCUUGAGGAGGAAGGGAUGGCUGGAUAGACAGGCUAGGAGUAGAGGUGGCGAGUAUAUUGAAUGUAAGCGUCAGUGGCAGUUUUCUUUAUGCAACCCUAACACCUUGUAUUCCAGCCUAGGAAAAAGGAACUAGAUUUUAAAAUAGAUACAAUAAUAAACAUUAACACUACCUUCCUACUUCCUCUCCUUUCAUCUUCCACUCAUCAUCCUGCGAGUAUUCUUCACCACAUCACCUCUCGAGACCAGAGAAUCUCACCUGAGUGUUUCACUGUGCAGUGUCUUAUAGAAAUGUAGCUCAUCUUUCUCUGUUUUCUAAAUGUUUAGCAUGUUUCUCUCGUCUACGAACUGAAAAAGUGAUCCAGAGAGAAGGGGAAAGCUUUUUACUGAGAUGAUUGUAAAGAAAAUUUAAAGGGCAACAGGUAAUCAAAGAUGGUCAUAUUUUUAGAAGACAAAACUAUAUUUAUACAAGUGCCCAUGCCUAGAACGGUGUGAGCAAAGAGAGUGAAAGGGGUUGUUUUAAAAUCUCUAAGAUCUUCGUGUUUUAUUGAAAGAGGUCUUGUCAAAUAAGGAAAAGUGCUAUUUUUUGCAUUUAAACAAAAAAAGACGUAUAAUAAAGCAGUAUAAUCAUAAGUCCCAUAGUCAUUUAUUUUUAUCUUUAUUUGACAGUGCAGAGGGAUGGAAUGAGCAGUUGAACUGCUAAAUUUGAAGCAUUUCAUCCUCAGCUUGGCUUAAAAUAAAUAGAGAGACUGAUUCAGCUGGCUUGACUGUUGUCUAUGAUAACCAUUUCUUGUUAGGUUGUGAACCUGCAACGUUUGCAUCCUUCGAUAAAACAUUUUGCCCACAACUUUGAAAUUACCUGUAGAAAUAUAAAGGUUAUUGAUCUGACGGCUCAGCUAGUUUCUUAUUUGUGCUGAAAUUAUUGACAAGAACAAUAAACUGCUGUCAAAUAAUAAUAAUUAUGGAAUAUUGGAACGUGCCUUUUUAUUUGAAAUCAAUAAGCAGAAGCUUGGUGGGUACAGUGAUAUCACGAGGAGGCAAUACUGCUUGAAAAGCAAAUAGGCUUUAUGGUACUAUCCAUGUGUGGGGAAACAGUUCUUUGGUAAAGAAGGAGAGCCUGUAUUUGUGUCUUUUUUAAGUAUGUCGUUUAUUCAUGUAUCUAAUGCACCACCUCUUUAAUAAGGAAAUGCAAAAUGGCUGACAGUUUUAUUUUAGAGUUUAACAUGAUUUUUGUAUCUUCCUUGAGAGUGGAGGUUUCUGCACCUUAUUGAGAAAAACCAGAGGUUCAUGCACCUUUUGAGAAAUGUAGCAAUUGAACCCUGUUAGGUUGAAUCUGUCUUUUCUUUCUUUAUUUUUCCCCAUGUCUGCAUGUUUCUUGUUUUAGAAGUGGCACAAAUUCCUACUGUAAAUAAUCAAGACGACUGUUGAGUUAAAUCCCAAGUGUUCUUCCUUUUUGUUGCUGGAUGCGUCUGAUUAUAAAAUGUCAAUAACUGACCUCUUUUCUACGUGAAAGUUUGUGUUUGCUAGAAGCUUUUUGAAUGACCUGUAAGAGGUCCGCAGCACAGGGAUUCAUUGUUCCUGUUUCAGAUGGAUAUAAGUGAAAAUAGGGUGUGACGUAGGAAUGUGUUCUCAACCUGAAAUGCUCUCGCAGACGACCGAUUGCUUUCUCCUUCUGGAGGGGGCUUUCUAAAGACGUUGUAUUUUUCUGAAGACAGGUACAGGGUAAAAACCGGGAAGGAAUCGGUGCUUCUUAUUCAAGGCAGUUGAGUCAAUCUUAUUGAGAAAAAAACUAGAAACAUGAUAGAUGAAGCUCAGCCUAUUCUCACUAUUGAUGAAAGGAUGAGUUUACUGAAAUGUUUGACUGGAUGAUUUACGGACAGCAAAAGUGCAGUACCUUAUAAGUAUUCUGUAAAGGGUAAUGACAACAAUACCUCAGUAAGCUCUGCAUUUGACUGUAGAUGCCACAUGAUCACCCCUCCCCCACGAACGUACCUCUCCGGUAUCUUUGAAGACUGCUGUGCUUCCUGUCCUUCAUGCAGCUGGUGUCAUGUUUCACUUCCACAAGAUUAUUCAUGUGUUUCAGAGAAAGGCAAAGCAGUGGUUUUAGGUCGUUAACUCCGAAUUAUAAUAAGUACUUUUUUUUUUUUUCUCAGUGGCUUUUAACUGUUAACUGUUAAAGUUUACAGUUGAUCUCAAAUUACAUCUUAAUGUUUUCCCCAAUGUUUUAAAAAAAGAAGUAAUUAUCACACUACUUAAAUUUGUAUAUUUAAGUUAACAUAAUGCCUGAAAUAGUUUGCUGGGACAUCAAAUUAUGUUAUACAGAAAAACCUGUCAUUUCAGAUUUUUUUUAUUUUUCAAAAUAUAUCUACUAUAAUUCCAGAUUCUUAGAUAAUUACUUUGCGUACAGAGUUAAAGGAGAUACAUGUUAAUCACUAGGACCUCUGAAUUUAAUUGAGGGAGUUUUUGGGACAUUCGGCCUUCUUAAUAUCUUCUUUAGCCUAAUGGCUACUACAUCUGUGGAUGUCCCUGCGUAAAGAAAUAAAACCAGAUAUGACAAUAGCCAAUUACUGUUCAAAUGUCUAAAUUUAGUUUCCUAAUAGAUUGUGUCCUUCACAGAGGUAGAAUUGUAGUGUAAUCGGAGGGUAACUAUGGUUUUGGUACUUAUCAGGGUUUUUUACCUAUAGUCAUUGUUAAGUUCUCUGUCCAAAAAGUCCCUCGCUCACCAACUACUUGCACACCGCAUUAUCUGCAAUAGGUGUGGGAGUGUAUUUGUUUAACUUUUAUGUGCAUUUGAGAAUAGAGAGAUUCCAUGCUUCUUAUUUCAGUACGUUCUAAGCAUAUUGUAAUUUCUGUACCUUUCAACGUGUUUACACUUCAUAAAACAUGUCGACCUACACACUUGAAUGGAUAAGGUUUUGCACGGCAUGGGGAUCCUUUUGUCACUAAACAGUACAUAUAUAAAUAUGAUUAUACACAUGUAUAGAUAAAUACUGUAUAUUAUAUAUAGACGCACACAUAGAGGUCAGAUUGUUUGUUGUGCACUCGCAGCAUGAGGUAUAUAUUUACCCAGAAACGGCGCUUCUUCACAACCUGAGCAGUAAUAGGUCUGCCCAUGUCUUUGCCCCUGCUCCUUGCCCUCUGUAACCCUGUAGCGCCAGUGGACAUUCUGUAAAGCUCAUCCUAUUUCUUUCUGUGUUCCAAGUGCCAAUAACUUUGUGAAAGCCCUGUAACUGUGACCCAACAUUAUCAAAAGGUAAUUGCACAUUAACAACUGUAAAAUAAAUAAAUACAAAUCAUAGAGAAAAUGUCAAAAUGGAUUAAAUAAUGAAUAUCUUAAUAAAAGAUUUGUAACAAUU